UGAUAUUGUGUUAUUUUUACGAAUCGGGUGAAGAUAUCCGGUUGCCUAGUUACAAGAUUUAGCAAGAUCAGAAAUGGCGGACGUAGCAACACGAAAACCAAUUCCUUUGGUCAAUAAUAUCAUACCCGAUGGUGCUUUAAACACGCUAAAUUUCAAGGUAAACGUGCGUUUAGUUUUACACAUAUUUGUAGGUAUAUACAGUGACUGUGGUACACUUGCUGUCAGGCAGAUUGUGAGUGUACAAAUAUACAAUCACUGAAUCACUGUACUUGUUGACUUCAAUGACUUGUUGAUACUAUUUGUGAAUACCAUUGAAAAUAGCUAUCAAAAUAAGCUGUUUGGGUGCUUUCAAAACUUAUCUGCCAUGAAAACCCAAAUAAUGCAAUAUAGUGUACACUGUACAUUGAAGUAUGCAAUAUAAUGCAAUAUACUGCCUAACUGCCAUAGUUUCUUAUUGAAUAUAAAAUGUACCAAAUGUGUUCUGGUCGUUUAGGCCAAUGGAACUAUCGAUUCUGUUUACCGUCCACCGCCCGCAUGUGCAUGCAACUACCGCAAGAAUUUUUCAUUAUUCUUAAUUAUUUUCAUUAUUUGUCAUUUUUAAUUCUACGCAUCGACACUUUCAAAUAUACAUCAAAUCAUCAAAUAUUCGAUAUAAAAAGCCGUAUAUCGCUGAUGUAUGAUGGAUCAGCCGGCGGCAUUUGUUCGGUACACGCGGAAAUUCGCGAGUCUAACAUGUGCAAAUUCGAAAACAAUGGCGUGACAAAGAAAUCUUCAGGAAAGGAAAUCCCAAAAAUGAUAAAAGAAUGCUGGACAAAAGUAUUGAUGGUCGAGAUCAAAAGAAAACGAUUUAAGAAUCAUUUUUGGUCGGAAAAUAGAUAAUAACAAAAAUAAUGAAAAAUGAAUAAUGAAAAAAACCUGCAUCAGAUUUUUUAAAUUCUCGCACGGUAAACAGAAUCUACAUUUCCAUUGUCAUUUGGCCUUAACGUUUUAGUUUAUUUUGUUUAUAGUUCAUUUAUUUACAAUAUUAGAUUAUUUCUGAUUUUAGUUUUACAUGCGGGAUGUAGACCCGAUCUUGAGCUUCCCCUCGGUAUUGCCAGUUAUGCCAUAUCUGAUAUAGUCCCUACUAUGUACUCCUGACUGAAAAGUUUUAUUUUGCACAGGAAACAUUUUUUCCUUGAGAAAAAUGCUCAGAAAUGUCAUAGAUUUUCACAGAAUAUUUAUGGCAGACCAUCAGAAUUAUUUGCAGUUUCUUUACAAUUUGAAAAAUUUGCACAGAUUUCGUUACGGUAACUGCAGGAAUUUUUGCAUAGGAAAUUAACUUCCUCCAAAGCCAAAACUUUACAGUCUGUUACGUACUUGAUUGGUAAACAUUGAAACAAGAAAUGCAGUGUGUUGCUUAACCUGUUAUUAAUGCAUGUGCCCUUUUAUCGGACAUGUGUCCAUUUUGCUUGACAAGAGAUGACACACAAUCAGGAUUUUGCACAUUAUUACCAUUUGCAUGCAAGCAUUACCCCCUAUAUUUUGACAUGUGAAAUGUAAAGUUGUCCAAUCACAACGUUGGUUACAAAACUCGGAAACAACUUUUUAUUGUGGCAUGGGGUAAUGUUUGAAUGCAAAUGGUAAUAAUGGUUGAAUAAAUUAAUCACUGUCACAGUGAUAUAUGUAUUUAAAAAAAAUAUAAUAUAUUAUAAUUAUAUAUUCUAACAUUGACUUUUUAGGAAACAAACAGUGCCAUAACUGUGGAAGGAACUUUGAAACUGCUCACUGAUCGACACUCUGUAGGUUGAAAUAUAUUUCAAUUGAUAACUACAUACUAUAAAUCAUCUUUUAAAUUAACGCUCCUUCUCAAAUAAGCCUUUCCUCUCUAGUAAGACCCCAGUUUUAACAAAUUUUAACACCUCCUUGCCACACAUGUAUAGUAUCAUAAUGACUAAUAUGUCUUCAUUUUGCCAUUUACUAUUUUAAAAGUAAUGGUGAAUUUAGUCACACUGGCUAAAUAAUUAUAAUGUUGAAUUUCAUUUUAAUAUAAUUAUAAAACCUUUGACAGCUGUGCUGGAUCAUUCCAGAAAAGAUCCACACUGCACCCAUGAAGGAAAUCUCUUCUGUCCAGAGGGGGAGGGGGUUAAGUAUUUCUGGUAAUUAUAUAUAUAUAUAUAUAUAUAUAUAUAUAUAUAUAUAUAUAUAUAUAUAUAUAUAAUAUAAAAUUAUAAUUUUUACAAAAUUAUACAGUGUUCUCCAGAUUGUAAUUAUUUGUUUUAUAUAUAAUAAUAUAUAUACAAUUACACAACUAACAUAUAUAUAUAUAUGGGGUUAAUUAACUUCUAAUUUUCUUCAUGGGCGAGAUUUGGAUGUUUUCUGGACUGAUAACCCAUCACAACUCUGCCAGUAUUGCUAGGUUAGCCUAGGUUCAAAAAAAUAAUUUCCCGACUAUGACAAGUAAAAAAGUAAUUACAAAAAGUUUUCCCCAUCCAUGUCUACUAAAAAAGGGGUCCAAAUUUCACUAAUUCCUGCUUUUGGGGGCCAAUUUUUAGGCCCUCUAUAACUGAGGCUGGGGGCAAUUUGCCCACAUAAUGUACUAGCAAAAAUGGUAUCAUGGUAAUUUUUGCCACUGGACACCAGGACACCUGCCAGUUACGCCACUGAUUGAUAUAAUUUGUUUGAUUAACCCAUUGAGUGGCAGCCAGGGUGGAAAGUUUGCUUUUUGUGUGUCGAAAAUUUGAUCAAGAUUCAGUAACAUGUGCCAGUGGCUGCACAAAUUCUGUUUUAAACAUAUUCACAUGUGCUGCCGAGUUGCAAUGUCAGCACUUUUAGAAUGAGACAGAACAGAUACUAAGCAUAUUUUGAAAUACAGUCAGUCAGUGCUAAAUCAAAUUCCCUCUAUUAAAUGGCUGAAAUACAAACAGAAAUGGUUGUAUUGGUUGAGAACAUUGUAGUGUGCACAACUAAAUAAAAUGUUUUGUACGCCAGCCCGCCACACCAGUUCAUUUUCCCAUAAUUCUGCACCAAAUGUAUAAAUUUUCCAUGCCACCCUGGAGUGGCAGCACUCUCCCCUUAAAGGGUUAAUAUAGCCUAGUUACCUAGUAACCAAGUUACCUAGAAUAGUGUGUUCUUAAUACAAUGGUCAUGGGACUAUAUCAUCUCUGAUAUUUUCCUUGGCUGAUAGUUCAAUGCAGCUAGCUCUUAAUACACAUUAGCCAUAGAAGAAACAUCUGUUUAUCAUGAUUAUGAUACAUGCAGAUGGACUGUCUUUUCUUCGCUUCAAGUUCGUCCAAAUAGAAUAGACGGAUCAUUUGUUUCCAGUAUAUAAAUGGAGAUAUUGACAUAAAAGCUGUUUGCCAUUACGUUCAAUUACCUGUGCAAGAUAAGCUAGCGACCUAUUUGAGUCACGUGGUCAGUAAUCAGUCGGGCAGACAGUUAAGUGCAGACAGAAACUGUUAUACCUACGACUCAUAUUCAAGCAGGUCGCUCCUCUCAUGCGGAAAAAGUGAUCGAAAUGGAAAACGGUCUAUAGUAGUGAACGCUUCGGUACGAAUGUUCUGAUAUUUCAUCAGUCCUUUUAAAGAAAUAUAUAACUAAUAGACAUGUUUUCUCUCCUCUUGUUUAAGUAAAUGAAUGCAAAGCCUCAAGAUCUCUCUAUUCAAGCAUAAUGACCGCGCUAUCCUAAUGGCGUGCCAGCGUGUUAUCAGCGUGAAAUGUCUUAUCUUCCACAGUCGUUGACCAAUGACGUCAUACCUAAUGUCCUUGAGAGUCUAAAAAGCUGCUUUGCAACUUUAGAGUCAUGUUUUUAAUCACCCGCUUACUUUGUCAGUGUAAUACUGAUGUCAGUAGAAAACUUGUUAAACAUGCGUGAAGUUGUAGAGCUAUUACGUCAAAUAUUUUAGAUUUUCUCCCGUUACUGCAGUAUAAACUAAUUUUCACUAGCCGAGUAUAAUGCGUGUAGUCUAAAGGCUUGUUCAAACGGACCACUCUUGAUUUUUUUCUGUGUUGGUGUUAUAUACUCAGGUGAAUAUGAUGUUUGUGGUGUUACUCUGAGUGUCUUGUUUGUUCAUCACCACCCAUGAUGCAGAAUGAGAUGUUUCUGGGUUUUCUCCACAAACAUUUUAAAGCACAGAUUUUCAAUUGGAAUAAAUCCUGUGAUCGUAUCUAAAAGAUUUGACAAAUAAGCAGUGAAACAAAAUAUUUCAACAUUAUUGCAUGAUUUUAGACCAACAAUAUUGGGUCCUCUUUGAAUAACGUUAACGAAAGUUAAACAAGUUGAUAUUAAACGAAUCAGACAGUAAGAAUGAAUUCCAUCAAUUUUUAUGUUUUAAUUUAAAUUUUCAUUAUAGGAAAAGCUAGUUGAUCGCCAUGUUCGCUCCAUCAAGAGAUUAACACAACAAUUUAAAAAGGGAUUUGUAUCCUUUUUCAAUGUUUCUGUAUGAAUACCUUGUGUGAUAUGAUAUAUCACUAUAUACAGUAGGUCAACCGCUAAGGCCCAUUAUUACAAAAAAUUAUAUGACUUUAAUAUUAUACUACGUAACAUAUAAAGCAUUUACUAUAAGCAAUGACCACUUUAAUUAAUAUAUACAUUUGCAAAUGUGUAAUUUAACCAAAGCAUGUUUUGGCCAAUUACAGAGUUACGGGAAUAACACAAAAAUUAUACAAACUGUACAAAACUACUUAUUGUAUAAAAUUAAUGCAUAUUUCGAAAUUUUAAGAUAGAUAUUUUUGUUUCUGUGUUGGUGUUGUGUACUCAGGUGAAUAUGAUGUUUGUGAUGUUACUCUGAGUGUGUAUCCACACCGGGCGAGCUUGAAAAAUAUGCCCGGCCACGGUGGGAAUCGAACCUACGACCUUUGGAAUACUAGCAGUUUGUGCCGUUGUUAGGGGGUGUUUAUUGUCAUUGCAUGGCAAGUGCUUAUAAGAAAAGAAUUAACCUCUCUGAGAGAAUUCACUGAGAGUGCAUUUUUUUCUUUAUCAGGAUUUUGCGCAUCUCACUUGAUAGAACAAAUUGUAGAAGGGUUUUAUAGAUGGAAAUUUCGAGUGUAAAUGUUAUACAUUUAUUAGACCGGGAGCAGCUGCGAAAAAUGCAACUAUAGGUCCUCUGGCAGGAAUCGAACCUGCGGCCCUGUGACUCCGAUGCAGCACUCUAACCAACUGAGCUACAGAGGCCAGUUGUCGAGCUCUAACCUCGAGUUCAUGUAUAAAUACCAAGGUAAUGCCAAUGUACGGUGUAUGAGUAAAUAUCAGGAUUUGGGGCAUCCAUCUCGAUAGAACAAGUUGUAGAAGGCACCGGAAUCACAGGGCUGCAGGUUCGAUUCCUGCCAUAGGGCCCAUAGUUGCAUUCUUCGCAACUGCUCCUGAGUGUUGUGUACUCAGGUGAAUAACGAUGUUAGUGAUGUUACUCUGAGUGUGUAUCCACACCGGGCAUGCUUGAAAAAUAUGCCUGGCCACAGUGGGAAUCGAACCUACGACCUUUGGAAAACUAUCCUUAUGCUCUGCCAACUGAGCUAGGCGGUCAGGUUGGUUCGAGUACGUGAUAUUUCAGAACUGAGUCUAGUUCCAUCGAUAUCAAUGUAAUCUAAUAAUCAUGAAUUGCUGUGUUGGUGUUGUGUACUCAGGUGAAUCUGAUGUUAGUGAUGUUACUCUGAGUGUGUAUCCUCACCGAGCAUGCUUGAAAAAUAUGCCUGACCACGGUGGGAAUCGAACCUACGACCUUUGGCCAGGCAUGUUUUUCAAGCCUGCCCGGUGUGGAUACACACUCUGAGUAACAUCACAAACAUCAAGUUCUAAUAUAAAUGUAUAAAAUUUACACUCAAAGUUUCCAUUUACAAAACCCUUCUACAAAAGACAAACCAUUACAAAGUGUAGACAUGCAGGCUAUUAAAGUUUCUAAGUCAGUAUUUGUAAUGCUUCUUGACAUAAAAAAUAGCUGAUAAAAGAUAUUUGUGCAGUUGGUCAUUUAAUUGCAGCGUGUGCAGGCAGAGUGGAAAAAGAUUUGGCGUAUGAGAAGCCAUUAUGUGAUAUUUUGAAGGUUUGCAGGUAUGGUGAAAAUUGUAGUAAAGUUUGCGAAAAGUAAUUAAAGUCCGAUAAGCCUGAUUUUCAUUUGGUCGUAUUCUGCUCGUGACCAUAUCACAGUAGCCGGCAUUAGUGGCAUUACAUCUUUCUAAGACCCCGUUCACACGAUACCGGCAUGGAAUUCUGCCGGCAGAAAAUUAUCUCUGUUUCAACUGUUCACACGAUACCGGCAGAUUAUAUUCCGCUUUGACAAUAUGCUGCACAAAUCAGUUAAAAUAGACAGAAUAAAAUAUCCAACAACAACUUUUGCAGUUUUGUUAAUUUCAUUUUGCAUAACCGUAAUGAAAUUCUUACGGUUAGGCGUUCACACGGCACUCUGACGGAAGAGUUUCGUUCCGUUUUCAAACUCUAACGGUUUGCAUAUCGUUUUCAAACUCUUACGGUUAGCGUUACGGUUUCACAUUUUUUCAUACCAGCAUCGUGUGAACGCAACCCCUAAACGUAAGAAUUUCGUACCGUUUUCAAACUCUGCCGGUAUCGUGUGAACGGGGUCUAAUAAUGCAAUCAAAACUUGAUACAUCACACAAAGUAAGUUUAGACUACUUCGCAUGAUCUCGCGAUCAUUAGCUACGUAAUCUCAUGAUGGCCCCUGUCAUAUUGUAACCGGGCUUCACACUGAAAAGCUUAAAAAACCUGUCUAUAUCCAGCCGUUUAUUUUUAUUGCGUUACAAUGAGCCUCUUAUCAAUAUAAGUGCUUUAAUUUUAUCAUGCACCAAUAUAGAAAUCCGCUUUUGAAAGAAAGGAGUUCAGAUGAAUCGAAUUUUUCUGGCAUUGUCACUGAAUUCAUCACAGAACUAGGUAAAAUAUUUAGUUUAUUUCAGUUUUGUCUGCUGGGAACACUUCUUCCGUCUGGUUUUGAUCUGCCACAUCAACCGUAGCUGUCCACAUCGUACUGGACUGUCAAUUUCGCGGGAAGUGAAGGAUAAGAGCUCAUUCUUCCACAAUUUCCAAAAUGUCUUUUGAUUUUGUUUUGUGAGUGAUAUCCAUGAAACGUUUCAUGUUACAAUGAUGCUCUUGACAAUCUAUGUACUUCUUUCUACGAGAUAUUAGAGACGUUCAGAUUUGACUUUCUUUACCGCUACUGCUACCAUUAAGGGACCAUUAACCAAUCAGUUGCGUUUAAUUUACCGAAUUAACCAAUGAGAUGUACACAGAGCAAGUGCGAGGUAGUGGUAGCGGACGUCAAAUCUGAAUCUCUCUAAUAAUCUUAACCUAACCACCAAACAUUGCGUUCGCUUUCCACUGUGUUGCGGUAGGGUCGCCCCGUACCUAUAUGAAAAGGCUUUAUAAUUGGUUCAUUAUAAGAAUAAAACACAAUAAAAUUUUCGGAAAAUAUUGAAUUUUGUAAAUCCCCAGUGGACAUUUCCUGUCUUUUCAUGGUGAAAUUGGCGCAAACGGUGCAACAAAAACAUGACACACACACACCCAGGGGUUCCCAGAGGGGGAACAUAUGGUUACUAUAAAGCUGGUCAAACCACAUGCAUCUUGUCCUGUUGUAUCGAUAUGGUACAGUGGUGGAACUGACUAUAGUCAAGUAAUCCAGGUCUUCAUGUUUGUGUAGGAAAUUUGAUGUAUCAGGAAAAUGCUGCUGUCCAGGUUCAAGUGGCCAGGGCCUUGACAAAGUUUUACUCUUCAAAGGGCAGUCAAACCAUUUGUAUUGGUAGGUUCAUAUUGUUUUUGAAUGGAUCAUAAUUAACAAUAGUCAUCGACGACGAAAUACCAGAAUCUUGUGUUGGUUAUUAAAAGACUGUGGAUCUUAUUUAAUACCCAAGAUGGAUGGAUGAACGAACGAACGAACGGAUGAAUGAACAUCUCUAAUUUUUUUCUAUGUAUAGGAGUGGAGCCAACCAGUGCAGCCUUCAAUAAGUCAGUUGUGGAGAAAAGCGGUGCGGUGCAAGCAGUUGUUAAGGUAUUUUCUAUUAUUUUUAUAAUGAUAACUUAGUGAUUUUAAUGAGCGAAACCUCAGACUGGUAUAGAGCGUAUUAUAUUUAAUUUUUUCUGGUAUUUUAACUAUAGUGCUUGGGAAGAUGUCGGAACUUUGAUGUUAAGAUGGAAUUGAUGACCGCCUUGCAGUGCUUUUCUCAUUCAGGUAUAUGUCAGGACCAGAUCGACUAGAAAUUUUUCUAUCAUGACCUAUAAAUCGGCCAUAAAUACGUUAUAUAUAGCUAUACAAUGCAUGACAGAUAUUGAUCUACCAGACUUUGAUCAAUAUUUAUGAGAAUUUUAUAUUUUCAAUAUUUUUGCUUCACUGGUUGUCAUGCAGUAAUCACCAGCUGGAGCAUAUUAAUCGGUUAACGAGAAUCACACCGUUUGUACCGGGUGGAAAACGAAAUUCGAGAAUUAAUAUUUGCGACAAGUAAUUAGCGGUAAAGUGUAAAUAUAUUUAUAGCAGUUAUUCUCUGCCUUCUCGACAAUAACUUCAGAGAAUCAGGCAAGGUGAACGAUGCGCGCUCAGAAUAUCUACUGACCCAUGACCUCGGGCUAUUGUCCUGUCCCUCCUUGUUUUGCCCUUAUGAAGGUGGUGUGAUCACUGUGAUGUAUCACAAGUAUCUUUACAACAAGUUGUUAAAUUUUGUUUCGUUUGCAGCAUAUUGAAAGUUUUGUUCGUUCAUUUUGUCUAUUUAGCAAUAAAUUGUGAUGAUAUGUUGCCUGCUGGAGCUGCUCGUAUCGUUUGUAGUGGUUUGGCUGAUUCCCACGAAACUGGAAGGUAAAACUACAUUGUACUUUGUUGAGAAUAAGAUACUUACGUGAUUUCGCGUUAGUAUCGUAUAUAGGGUAUAACUAAAAGAGAGUUUACCAGAAAAUCAAACCAGAAACGACCACACCCAAUUUCAUAACCUUUCCAAUAUAAAAAAUUAUGCGAGAGAAGCAUUUUUGCACCUUAGUCUCGUUAUGGAUAUUAUAAUAAUAAACUUGUUUUUGCAUUAACGGUUACAGCCGAUUGUCAAUGGCAAGAGCCGCACGACGUUCGUGUUUCGUGCCGUCUGACCUCUAAGAUUCGGACUAAAUUUUUACGAAAUUUCAACUUCAGUUAAAUCUAAAAAAAUCAGUCAUGAAUUUUUCAAGUGAUUUUGUUAUUUUGUCGUCUCCACCAUCCAGGGGUAUGUUUUUGUCUGUCGACAUUCUGUGGAACAUGUUGCAUAAUGGAUCCAAAAUAAACGUAAGCUUGAAUUGUAACUGAUUUGUGAGUAUUAAAGUUCCACUGAUAUUUCAAUAAUGACUGUUAAAUUUAAUAAAUUAUAGAUCGCACAGCAGUUAGAUUGUCAUGACUGCAUCAG